GAGGAGUAUGAUUGGUUAGAGUUAAGGCAAGAACUUCCGGGUAAACCAAUCAGAGGCAGAGCAGGGCGGGCUAUGACUUCACCGUCCUAGGAAAAAAAAAACAGUCUCGUCUCCCGGACCAUCCCCCAUCUGACGGCUCCUUUCAGCGAUAUACUUACCGGCGACACAACGGAGGCAGACCCUGUUAAUGAAGACAGUGAUUACAUUUAAAAAAUAUACAAAGGAGCUGGAUUAUAAUCUCGUGUCGAUACACAUAUUUGUCCUGGGGAGUUGCACAACAGCUACAGUCCUCCACUGCUGGCUGUUAAACAACACCGUGACAGCAGCUGUGGGCGAAGUGCCUUUUAUCCAAGCUUCCUCAGUAACAGCUGUUGAGGGAGUGCAUGAGGAGCGUCACUCUGCAGACCGCCACAGCCUGAAGCCAUCCUGCCAAAUCUGGGACCAUGUCUGGAGCCUACGACGAGUCUGCCAGCCAGGAGGAGACCACAGACAGUUUCUGGGAGGUCGGGAACUACAAGCGUACAGUGAAGCGGAUUGACGAUGGUCACAGGCUCUGCAAUGACCUGAUGAACUGCAUCCAGGAGCGUGCCAAAAUCGAGAAAGCAUACUCACAGCAACUGACCGAAUGGUCCAAGAGAUGGAGACAGCUGGUUGACAAAGGUCCUCAAUACGGCACAGUAGAGCGAGCUUGGAUGGCGGUGAUGACGGAGGCGGAGAAGGUGAGCGAGCUUCACCAAGAGGUGAAGAACGGCCUGAUCAGCUUGGACUUUGAGAAGGUGAAGAACUGGCAGAAAGACUCGUACCACAAACAGAUGAUGGGAGGAUUCAAGGAAACCAAAGAGGCAGAGGAGGGCUUCAAGAAGGCCCAGAAACCGUGGGCCAAAAAGUUAAAAGAGCUCGAGACUGCCAGGAAGUCCUACCACAUGGCCUGCAAAGAGGAGAAGCUGGCGUCCAACAGAGAGGCGAACAGCAAGGCAGAAGCCUCUGUGACGGCUGACCAGCAGAAGAAACUCCAUGAGAAACUGGACAAGUGCAAACAGGACUCACAGAAGGCUAAAGAGAAGUAUGAGAAGGCUCUGGAUGAGCUGAGUAAGUGCACCCCACAGUACAUGGAAAACAUGGAGCAGGUGUUCGACCAGUGCCAGCAGUUUGAAGAGAAGAGGCUGAGCUUCCUCAGGGAGGUGCUGCUGGAUGUCAAACGCCACCUCAACCUCACAGAGAACCAAAGUUACGCUGCAGUAUACGGAGAACUUGAACACACCAUCACGACAGCCAGCCCGCAGGAAGAUCUGAAGUGGUUCAGAAACGCUCACGGCCCUGACAUGCAUAUGAACUGGCCACAGUUCGAGGAAUACAACCCAGAUAUUACCCAUAGCAUCUCUAAGAAAGAAAAGUCAAAGAAAAGCACUGAUGGAGUCAUGCUGACUAACAUCACAGCAGCAGUAGACCACGCUCAAGCUGGAGACCGGGGAAGUGUAAGCAGCUACGAGAAGAAUCAGGCGUACACGGCCUCCACAGAGUGGUCGGAUGAGGACCAGACGGCCCCGAACUCAGGCAACGACACCAACGGAGGGAUGAACCCCUUCGAUGAAGAUAUGGGCAAAGGUGUGAGAGUGAGAGCGCUGUACGACUACGACGGCCAAGAGCAGGACGAGCUCACCUUCAGAGCAGGUGAUGAGCUGACGAAGCUGGAAGACGAGGAUGAACAGGGCUGGUGUAAAGGUCGUCUAGACAACGGCCAGCUGGGUCUUUACCCAGCCAAUUACGUAGAGCCGGUCUAACUGUUCCAGCUGAGGACGCUUGUCUCGUCAAGAGGGCAAACCCAGACUGAACCGUCCAGUCAUAACUGCACAUUGCCAGAGACUUCAAAGCAAAGCUUCCUCUUCCUGUCGGGCACAGCGAGCAGUCUUCAUCACAGCACUCAUCACUGAGAAGACCUCUCUCCGAAACAAGACCCAUCUGUAUUUUGUAUUCAGGAUCACAUCAUCUCCAAAUACUGCAACUGAAGCAAAAUAUUUAGUAUCUUUUGUGUGUAGCUGUGUUUGAUUCCAGUUGUGAAGCUAAUAUGCCAUUCAGUAUGUUCUCUCAUCAUAAUAUUGAUAUGGUAUUGUAAGUUGUGCCUGGAUAGCAAGAAUGAGCUAUGCAUUGUGCAUUCCAUGUAUAUAUUUUAAUCUUUUUUUUUUUUUUUUACAGUCUGGGUGCUUGUACAGUGUUUUUCUCAUUGAAUUCUUUGUGAAAUAUUUACAUGUUUAGCAUUAAACGAAUAGUUUGACAUUUUAAAUAAGUUUAUUUGCUUUCUUGCUGAGUGUUAGAUGAGAAGAUACCACUCUCAUCUGUACGGUAAUAUAAAGCUACAGUCAGGAUAUGAUUAGCUUAGCUUAGCAUAAAGACUGUAAACAAGGGGAAACUGCUAGCAUUGUACUGUCCAAAAGUAACAAAAACCACCUACCAGUACCUCUAAAACUCAAUAAUUAGCAUGUUAGCCUAUAUCUGGUGUAAAAAUGACAUGUUAUGAAUUUGAAAGUCACUGUGCCAGGCCAAGAAAUAGUUACAACUUCUGUUUUGUGUGGAUUAAACAAACGAUAUGUUACUGAGCUCUACAGACAGAGCCACACUACUUGUUUCCCCCUAUAUUCAGUCUUUGUUCUAAGCUAACUGGUAGCUAACUGCUAGCUGUAGCUCCGCUUCUAACAGACUGGUGUGAGAGUGGUAUCACUCCUCUCAUCUAACUCAUGGCAAGAAGAAAAAAGGUUAUUUCCCAAAAAUGUCAAGCAAUUCCUUUAAUGCAUUUAGUUGUUUUCCCGAUUCACUCCACAGCAUGACACUAAAUUAGCAUUUUGAAACGAGAUAAAAGACAGCUCACCAUCAGUCAAAAAAAAAAAACACACACACACAUACAUACACAGACACUCAGCAGAGCUUCUCUUUGAAAUGGAAAUAUGUACUCUACCAAACACUGCUAGGAUUGUUUACAUUAACCUCCGCUGCCCCACCCAUCUACAACAACGUGCCUGCCAUUGCUAUUACCUCUCAUUUCAUUACUCCCUCUGUUGCGUCUCGAUAUGUGAUCAUAAUGCAGACGCCAUAAACAAAACCUGCCCUAUAAAUGUAAACUCGCAGCUGUUUUGUAUGGAUAUUAGCUUCAUUUCACAACUAAGAUUUUCAGUUUUGGACAAUUUCUGCAAUUAAUGAGACUUGUUUACUCCGAGUGAAUGUCAGUGACUCUGUAUUAUCAGCUUCCAGCUCUUAUCUCUGUGAUUAUGUGCAUGCUGAUGUUCCCACACACUGUUUCUGAUCUACUGCUCUGAUCUAAACUGGUCCAGUGCAUGGCCUCAAUUUGUUUCCACCAAAUUAUUGACAGAUUCUUGAUUGAACUCCUAUCAAGAUGAUAAUAAUGCUAUUGAUUUGAAUUGUAUAACAUAGUCAACCCUGAUUUAUCUAUUUCACUGUGUACCAAAAUGCAAGCUGUAAUAAAUAUAGGCUCUUUUUCAUAUCUUUAUAUUUAAAUAUUUUUGUUUUAAUCAGAAAGAAAGAAAUCAAACCUUAUUAAAACAAAGAUUAGGAGUGCAUGUGGCAGUACGGUACAUGUUAUAUGAGAUUGGUUCGUUACUCCUGGUGAAUACUACACCCUUGGCGGGUGUUCUCUUACUGACGCAGGCAGAGAAAGCUGCCGCGAGUGCUUCGCAGAAAGAGGAUCUGUCUCUGAAAUAUUGAUGAGACAACUGCCUUUCUGCUGCAAGAAAGAAGUUCAUUUUGAGAGGAUCCAGCAGGGUAAUGUCUCUUGUAAUGGUGUAUAUGCCUGUUAUGCUUUUUAUAAGUGUUGCACCUGUAAGCAUUGGACUCAGAGGGGUAAAAUAAAUAUUGCCUUAUGAUAAUAUAUCACCCUGCCACUUCAAAGACUCUCAACCAUCGCGUGUAACAAAGUUAAUGAGAGCUUACUUCCACAGAAUCUGACUCCGGUUUAUCCAGCUCACUUUACACCAUUAUGACAUGCAGGCUCUUUGUCAGACUAAGGCUUAUAAUCUGUCUCAACGUAUCUUUAACUGUAUUUGAAAUAAAAAUGGGUCUGUUCACAACUGUACUGUAAAAGUUUGUAAAAGCAGACACGUGUAAAGCUACAGUUAUAUAGCACCCACUGUGAAACUCCUGUAAUACACUGAAGGACGGUAAAUCAUAUUUAAAAAUG